AUGAAGCAACAUCUUGCGGGGGUUCCAGGUAAUAUAAUUUCUUGCAAAAAUGUUCCUCAUGAUGUUCGUAACCAAAUGCUUAAGUUAUUGGUUAGAAUCAAAGAAAAAAGUAAGAGUGGUGAUGGUAACCUAUAUGAAGCAUAUGGUGAUCAAAAUAUUGAAGAUGAAGCACAAGAAGUUCAACCUAGCUCAAAUGUGGAUAUGAAGAGUAAGAUGCAACCCACAUUGAAAAGAAAAGCUAAUAUUGAAAUUAGUAAUUAUUUUGCUCCAAGGACUACUCCAGGAUCGCAACCAAGUUUGAAAAGUGUAUUAUCAAGCACGCAAGCAAUUCACAAAGCUAAUAUGGCAAUUGCUCAUUGGUUUUAUGAUGCCUGCAUUCCAUUUCAUGCAACACUAUCACCAUACUUUCAACCUGCUUUAGAUGCAAUCAAUGCUAUUGGUCCCAGUUUUAAAGGCCCAUCUUAUCAUGAAUUAAGGGUUAACUUGUUGGGAGAUUGCAAGAGAGAGUGUUGCUUACUUGUAGAAGGUUAUCGAGCAAAUUGGGCAAAGAGUGGAUGUACAAUUAUGGCAGAUGGAUGGACUGAUCAAGGACAAAGAACUUUGAUCAACUUUCUAGUUUAUUGUCCUACAGGUGUAGUAUUUGUGAAAUCUGUUGAUGCAUCAGAUGUCAUAAAAGAUGCUAAGACAUUAUGUGGCUUGUUUUCUGAAGUGGUUGAAUGGGUUGGAGCUGAACAUAUUGUUCAUAUAGUGACUGAUAAUGCAGCUAAUUAUGUAGCUGCUGGUAAAUUGAUACAAGAGAAAUAUGAUACCAUUUUUUGGUCUCCUUGCGCCACUCAUUGUUUGAAUCUCCUUUUAAAGGACUUUGCUAGUAUGCCUCAUGUUCAGACCUUGCCACAAAGGCUUCCAAGAUUACAGUAUUUGUCUAUAAUCACAUGGUAUUCUUAUCUUGGAUGA